AUGAGAGGCGCAAGAUGGCGCAUUUUAGCGACACCUCUCUUCUUUUUUGUUUCUGGGUCCUUCCAUUUCAUUUCUUUUCCUCUUUAUCCCUCCCAAAACCUAAAAAGCCCACCACAGAACGCAUCUCCCCCCUUCUCUUCUAUAUCUCUUCGCAGCUUCCAUCUCUUCUCGCAGAUCUUCGCUCUUUUUUUUUUCCCUUUUUCUCUCAAUUUUAUCGGUUGUUCGUGCGAUUUCAGGCCAGAUCCAGGAGUUUGCUGAUUGGUCGCAGAUCUUCCAGCAAAGAUGCAUGGUUAUGAAGAAGACCUUGACGAGGAAGCUGGGUAUGACGAUUACUACAGUGAUGACAAUGGAUUGGAUGAGUACGAGGAUGAUGAGGAGGAAGAACAAGAAGUGCCCCCGAAGGAGGAGUUGGAGUAUCUUGAACUGCGCCAGAAGAUUAAGGAGUCUAUCAGGAAAAAGUUGGGCAAAGGAAGUGUCAAUGCUCAGUCUUCACAAGAUAGGCAAAGGAAAAAACUCCCUUAUAACGACUUUGGCUCCUUCUUUGGACCUUCACGGCCUGUUAUAUCCUCGAGGGUUAUACAAGAAAGCAAAUCCUUGCUUGAAAACGAGAUUAAGAACUCCAACCAACCUCAGAAGAAAAGACCUGCUCCAACGAACAGUUCGGGUAAUAAGAAUGUUUCCCAGGAGAAGCGUCCUAAACCCGUGAGUGCCGUGAGAAAGAAAGUUGAGACUCUCAAGGAUACACGAGACUAUUCCUUCUUGUUUUCCGAUGACGCGGAGCUUCCUGUUGCUCCGAAGAGGGAACCUCUGUCUCGUAGUGGCUCCUUUCCUAACUCCCAGUCUCGACCUGCUCAAUUGUCAGCGAGGCCUAAACAACAAUCAUCAGGUAUCAAUAACGGUAGAGCUUCUGCUCACGCUCCCCCUCGUGAGGAGAAGAGACCCGUUGUUUCAGCAAGACCGUCUUCCUCGGGCAGUCAAAUGAAUCAUUCAAGACAGUCUUCCUCAGGUAGCCAAAUGCAUAAUUCAAGACCCACGGGGAGCCAAAUGCAGUCGAGACCUGUCUCAGGGAGACCAGCUUCCUCUGGUAGCAGCCAAAUGCAGCAAAGGGCUGCACCAUCCGGCAGCCAAAGACCUGGUUCCUCCACAAACCGUCAAGCGCCAACAAGACCACCAGGUUCCUCAGCUAACCGGAAUGGCCAGCCAAGUUCGAGAACAGACCCCCAAAGAUCAGCUCCCGCCAAGCUGCCGAUGGAUCAUAAGAGACAGAUGAGCAGCAGCGGCCAUGGAGUUGGUCCUUCUCGGUCUGUGUCCACUUCUAAACCUCUGCCUUCGAAGCCUUCAUCAUCAUCGGAGAGAAGGCCCUCCAUGUCAGCUGGAAAGAGCUCUCUCCAAAGUGCUCAGAGACCGUCAUCAAGACCAAUGUCAUCUGAUCCCAGGCAACGGCUUGCAGAACAACAGAGAAAGGUCUCCCGUGACCCCACCACAUCCCGUAUGAUCCCAAAACAAUCAGCUCCUACCUCGAAACAUCAGAUGAUGAGUAAACCGGCGGCCAAGAGACCUCCACAACGUGAGAUAGAUGAUAGGAGGCCACUUAAGAAGAAGAAGCCUAUGUCAGAGGAUGAUAAAGCAUUGAGCAUGAUUAGACAAAUGUUCAACACCGAUCGUUAUGCUGGGCGUGACUAUGAUGACCGAGACAUGGAAGCGGGCUUUGAUGAUAUCAUGAAGGAGGAGAGACGAAGUGCGAGAAUUGCAAGGGAAGAAGAUGAAAUUGAAGCAAAGCUGAUCGCACAAGAAGAAGAGCUAGAGAGACAGAGAAAGUUGCGGAAGCUGAGGCGUUAAAAAGUUAGAAAAAACCUUUUGAUCAUCUGUCUUUUUUUUUUUUUUUUUUUAUACUUACAGUGUAUGACUAAGUUUAAUCUUUAGUUCUUGUCUCUCAUUCAAAUCUCUUUGGCCGCUUGAGGCUAAAGAGUUUUUAACUCUUUUUUUUUUCAAAUUAAGAAUCUUUUGUUCCUGAAACUGUACAAUUAGAAUAAUAAUAUAUUUGUUUGGGUCA